ACAAAUAACCUAGAAGCACCGUACAUCGUUCCAAUUAUCUUACGUUAAGCGUAAACAAUCUAACUAGGAAGUUUGAUAAAAAGUAAUACAGUGUCUCACAGCAGAACAGGUUUUCAUAUAAUCGUAGAAUGUUGUGCCCGGAAUUGUGGAAGUUUCCCAUACCAACGUAUACGGUCGAGCGAAUUGUGAGUCCUAGCUGGACCAAGAUGAAAAAGAUGAGCAAAAUUCGAAACAAUAACGAAGCACAUCCGCUGAAGCGCAUGGUUUCAGUGGUGAUUCCUGCCAAUGAACCACAAUGUUUGCUAGGUUUGGAAGCGGAUUUUAAAGAUGAUUGCUGUAAACUUUACCGCGUCAGACAAUUUCCCGUGAUGGAGAUGCUACAACAGGAAUUCGUGGAAGCAUUUAUUAAGCGAGGAACGCUGUAUGCGGUUAGUACAAAUGCGAAAAUGGAUUCUGAAGACUGUGUGGCAAUUACGCCUUGCGGAGCAUUGAUUAUGAGUUUACACCGUGAAACGGCAGAGAAGUUACAGGGCAAUUUCAAUAUCAAUGUGUGGUCGCAAAAUCGAGAAAAAUGUGUCAUCAAGAUCGAUUUGAAGUCAGCAAAUGCUAGAAAACAGAUAAAAGAGACAAUGUUAACGUUUGAUAUAACGUUACGAUGGAUUCCUCCCGAUAACGAAUACAGCAAGUUCAACACCGAUAUGGAUGUUAUCGUGAGUGGGAGUUCAAUUGCAGAAUAUUUACGUAAUAUAUGCCAAUUGAAUGUUGAGAAUGUAGCUGCUGGCUGUAAAAAGAUGCAACGGUUUGAUGAACCAAUUCCUACAUUGAAUGUGAACAACCUUUCUUCGGAUGACACCGGGGAAACUUCAUGCACAAACGAUGAAUUACUGGAGUACAUCGGAAUGCUUGCGCUAGAUUGCACGACAACGCCGAUUGAAUAUGUGAGUAGCUACAUGAUAGAUAAACCUCAACUGAAACCAAAUACUGUAUCGAUCUUUCAUCGAUAUGGGCUGAUAACGACGGAAGAAGUUGAUCGCAGCAUUAUGCGUUUAACAAAAUUGGUCGAUGAAUGCCACACUAUUCCAUGGGUAGGAUUGCAUGUUCAAGGCGUUUGUAAUGUACCUUUAGAUUUUGUGAAUCACGGUGAGAAUGGCGUGUAUGAGAAUUACGAUAGUGCGUACACAAUGAUUAUCACGAAUCAGAAUCUUUUGUGGAGUAAUAUUUUUGGAGGCGUUUUGUGAGAUGAAAUACAUUAUUAGAUUAUAUGACACAAAAUGGUGAACAUAAUCAUGGUUGUUAAUUAUAAGCCUUCUAAAAGCACCAAAUCAAGUUUAAAGCACACACACAUUUUCCUUGCAAUAUUAAGACCGAAUGUCAGGGUAAUCGUUUGUGUGAUAAUGUAAUUAUCUUUUUCGAGUUAAAUAAAAUUGCCUAGUUAAUCUACAUUAAAUGUACUAAACGGUAUCGUCUUUCACAUAGAAAACAGUAAGUGGUCUUAAUUAAAGGUUUAGCUGUAACAUGCAGAUAUGGCCAACAAAGACAGGGAGCCAGACAGGCUUCGAGUUAGGAGGUUGUUAGCGUUGUUUGUAAUGCCAAGAUAUGAGAAUAUGAUGUUUCAGUAAAACGAUAAUACCAUGGUCAUUGUAUUUUUUAUGUUGAUAGUAACUGUGAACAGUGCGAAUUCGGGUAUUAAUGAGCUGAUAGUUGUUGAUGUUUCAAUAGUGAGUUUACCUUAUGGUUAAUAUGUUUGCUUCACAAUAUAUUGUUCGGCGUAUGCAAUAGA